UGUACGGGAGAGAUGGCCAUGGUAUGUCUGUCAGACUUUGAGGAGUAUGCGAAGGAACAUUUGCCCAAAAUUGCUUGGGAUUACUACUCAGCAGGUGCAGACGAUUGUUGCACCAGAGACAACAACAUCCUCGCUUAUAAGAGAAUCCGUCUGAGACCCCGCGUCCUGCGUGACGUGUCAGUGAGUGACACCCGGACGACAGUGCAGGGCACAGAAAUAAGCUUUCCCGUUGGAAUUGCACCGACAGCCUUUCACUGCCUCGCUUGGCACGAAGGCGAGAUGGCCACAGCUAGGGCCACAGAGGCCUUGAAUACCUGCUACAUCACCAGCACAUACUCCACUUGCUCAGUUGAGGAGAUCGUGGCGGCGGCGCCAAACGGCUACCGCUGGUUCCAGCUGUAUGUGUACCGGGACAGGAAGUUGUCUGAGGAGAUCGUGCAUCGGGUGGAGGCCCUGGGCUACAAGGCUCUUGUCCUCACCGUGGACGUGCCGUACACUGGCAAGCGCCGCAAUGACAUCCGCAACAAGUUCAGACUGCCGCCACAUCUGAAGGUCAAGAACCUUGAAGGCGUUUCACAGCAGGAGGACGCUGGCCAAGAGCCACAUGGGAUCCCGGCCACCGCCCUGGACCCCUCUAUUAGCUGGAAGGACAUGCACUGGCUGCAGUCCAUCACCCGCCUGCCCAUCAUCAUCAAGGGCAUUCUGACCAAGGAGGAUGCAGAACUGGCUGUGGAGCACGGUUUCCAGGGCAUCAUCGUGUCCAACCACGGAGGGAGGCAACUGGAUGGAGGACCGGCCACGGUAACAAGCAGCAACACCGUGGUUCAUGGCGACGGAAGUCCCGCAGCCGAGGCCGCUGCGACCUUGCUGAUGCUCAUCUAUUUUCGGGAACAGAUCGACGUGCUGUCAGAGAUUGUGGACACGGUGCAGGGGAGGAUUGAGGUCUAUCUGGACGGAGGGGUUAGGACUGGCAGUGAUGUACUGAAGGCGCUGGCCUUGGGCGCUAAAUGUGUGUUCAUCGGUCGCCCGGCCGUGUGGGGCCUUGCAUACAAGGGUGAGGAAGGAGUACGGGAAGUGCUCCAGAUACUAAAUGAUGAGUUCCGUCUGUCCAUGGCUUUAUCAGGAUGUCGAAAUGUGGCUGAGAUCAAUAGGAACCUUGUCCAUUUUGCACGACUCUAAGCUACGCAGUGAAUAAGGAAUAUUGUAUUUCAAAUAAACGUUAUUGAGUGG